AUGGCUGAGCAGCAUGCUCCCCCCGGCCCCGGGCUGGCCGAGCUCUAUGCUGCGGCGCUCGAGUUCGGCCCAAGCUGCGCUGUUGCCCCACAGGCGCUUGAUUCGGCACCGGGCUUCCAGGCCAUUGUUCACCGGCUGGCCGACCAUUUCCGCGUGGAUUUCUCCGGCGCCCUGGCCGGCUUCCUGGACGUCGCGCGUCCGAGCUGCCUCCCUCCGAGCAGCAUCUUCCACAUGGCACACGACUCGCCGGAGCUCCGCCUCCUGAUCGAGCCUCUGGUGCUCACUUUUGAAACCCUCUCACGGGUGUUCAUCCUCCUUGUGGAGGACAACCUCCCGGCGGCUGGGUCCGGCGCGGGAGUCUUCACCACCGGGCGUCUGCUUCCGGGCAUCGAGCGCGUGUCCGAGGAGCAAUUUGCCUCGUUGAUCUUCCUCUUCCGCCAGGGGCUCUCCUUUGCGCUGCUGGCCUCGACGUUUGCGCCCAUCUUCGCCGGGAGCUUCUUUGCCGGGCUCAUGGUCCUGGUGGACCAGUUCCCCGGUUUCCCGGCGCCGCUUCUUGAGCACGUCCCCGGCAUGCUUGCCUCGCUGCCGAUGAGUCAGUUCCCCAUGCGCACGCGACGUUUCGCCUAUGCCCUGCUCGCGCGGCUCUUCUACCGCCAUGACGCCUACUUCUUCAAUCAUGGCGUCGACCUGGCCGAUACCUUUGUUCGGUCGAUGAAGGGCGAGCGCGAUCCCCGGUGCCUGGCCGUGUGCUUUGCCCUGGCCGAACGCGUGUUCCUCGGGCUGCCGGCUCCAUUGGCCCUGGCGCGGUCCCCUGCCGAGGGGACUGGCCCCCAGCGCCGGUCUCCGGCCGUGGCCGAGGCCCUCGCCGGCGAGCUCUUCGAUGUCAUCAGUGUCUACUUCCCGAUUUCCUUCACAGCCCCCUCCGGGCCUGGGGCCGGCGCCGUGGCCAUCGACGUGGCGGCCCUGCGCCAGCAACUGACGGCCGUCUUUGUGGCGGCCGCGCGCCAUGGCGCCCCGGACGUCCUGCUGGCUUUGGUCGAGCUGCUGACCGAGAAGAUCGCCGAUCUCGGCGGCAUCGGCGGCGCCGGGGUCGGGUCAACCAUCGCCGUGGCCGAGGUCCGCCUCUGUGUGCUGGAUUGCGUGGCUCGGGUGUGCGGUGCCUGGAAUUGGGGCACGCUGCCGGCUUUCGGGCGCUUUGCCCCGGACAGCGUCGGCUCGCUCCAUGCCAGCACCGACAUGAUGGACGAGGGUCGCAGCGGUUCCGGCACCGGUGCCUCGGGUGUCGGCAGCCCCGGCACCUGCGGCUGCAAUCCCGACACCUGUGCCUGCCUGCGGGCCGGGCUGCUGGGCCCGGGAAGCCCAGGCUCCGGGAUCAAUGCGGCGUCCUCGGCCGGGGGUCCGCUCCCGGCGUCGGCUCCCAUUGCCUUUGGCGCGCUGGCCGAGCUGCGCGAUGCCCUGAUGGGGCACCUGCUGGACGAUGUGGCCAUGGAGCAUGGGGAUGCCCUGCCGGCCGGGGCGGCAACCGUCUCGCGCCUGGAGAAGGAGGACGCGGCCGAGCGUCGGGCCGCGUCGCAUGCCCUGUCCGAGGUGGUCCGCACCGCGGCCCGGGCCCCCUCACGCGGCGGGUCCCGUCAGCGCCUUGGCUUUGUGGAGUCCUUCAUUGAGCCGGUCCUGGCCGAGUGUCUGUCAAGCCUACAGGCCGAGAAGAAGGUCGACUCGGUUGGCCGCAUCAUCGCCGCCCUGGCACAGGGAAGCCCCAACUCGUCGCGGUGGCUCCUGGAGGCCACCCUGGGCCCGCUCAUCGAGGCCUUCUCCUCGGUUCCCUUCCAUCCGACCGGGGCGCUGACCUCGGCCCCGGGAUCUCCCCCCCCGGCCGACGUCAAGUCUUCCCGUUCGUCCUUGCUGCCGAAUGCCCAGCAGCGCCGGACCGUGGCGGCCUCCUCCAUUGUGGCGGUGGUCGGCUCGCUGGUGUCGGUGUCGCCGCUGUGGUCGCUGCAGCAGGACACUGGCGACGAUGAGCCGGGCUUCCGGGUGUGUCACUCCCUCGGGCGGCUUAAGUCCCGGCUUUUGUCCACCUUCUACGGUACGCCCUUUGCAUCUGGUCAUCCCCCUUCCAAAGUCUGCCAUGCCCUGCAACGAACCGGCAUCCGCGGCCUCGGCGCUCUGUUGUUGGUGGACCUGUAUGCGGGCUUGACGGGGACCCGGCGCGAUCCGGACGCCCCGGCGGUCCUGCUGCUGGAUGCCUCCGAGCGUCGGGGGAUCUUGACUCUGCUGGCGGGGCAGAUCUCGCGGCCCAUCCUGGCGGCCGAGCGCCUCGGCACUGCCGACGCCUCGCCGGCCGCCGGCGAUCCGGACCCCGACGCCCCGGCCAGCGUGACCUCCUUCAUUGUGGAUGCCCUGUUGCCGAUCCUCCGGCAGGUGACCGGUGGCCUGGACUUGGGCCGCCUGGCCCUCCCCCCGGCAGCCAUCAAGGCCGGCCUGCCAGGCUGGCUGGCCGGCUGGGCCCCGGCGGAGGAUUCGCCGAUGUUUGCCGGCCCGGAUAUGGCGCUGCCCUGCUCCGGUCUCGAUGGCAGUGGAGAGAUCCUUCGCUGGGGCGAUCUGGCCGGUGUGGUGGUGGCCGAGCUUCUGGGGCUCUUCGCCCGGCCGGUCAUCAGCUGCUGUCUCUUCGGCGUGCCCACCGGCGAGGCCGGGUCCGCCGGGCGCGCGUCGCUCCAGGCCCCGCUGGCUCUGCGCCGCCUGCUGGUCGGCCUGAGCAUGGACCCGCUGUUUGGGCCGUGCGUGCCGGAGGCCGUUCUGGCGGCCCUCGGGCGUCUGGUGCCCGAGAGCCGGCCCAUGGCCGAGGUCAGUGCGCGGGUGGCCUGGGUGCUGGCCACGCUGGAGGCCAUCACCGAGGGCCUGAUCGAUGGGGGCCUCGGGCAGGGGCCCUCCGCGGCGCCAGUGGCACGGGCCCUUCUCCGGGGGCUGCUCGCCACCCCGGCGGUGGAUGUCGCCUCCGGGGGUCCCUUCGCCGAUGUCAUCUGCUCGUCUCUCGGCUCGCUUGGGCGCUUCUGCGGGGUGCUUCUCGGCCAUGUCGACAUGCUCGAGGAGAUUGUCGCUCUGCUUGGUCGGAGCUUCGACCAUUCGACCGCGGCUUCAUCGACCGCGGCGUCGUCGACCGCCACUCCGUCGCCCUCGGUCGGGGAGACUCCCUUCGAUCGGUUGAGCGCUGGGACCUUUGUGCCGGCUACCCUCCUAAUCAGUAUGACUCAAGUGGCCGGCGUGCCGGUGUUCGAGGCGCUGAUGACUCCUGGUGGCCCGCCUGGAACGUCCCUCCCCCCGAGUCUCGGCCCGCUGGUUGGCCACCCGACCCUGCGCCUUGGGCUGCUGGGGCUGCUGUUUGAUGUCCUCUUCGAGUCCUACCUGUCGGGGCUCGGCUUCGGCGUGGCGCCGGACCCGACGCGCGUGUGUGGCAAGGUCCUGGUGGCGGACCGGGCUGCCGAGCGCGGAACCUCCGGCUUCCUGGCCUCGGGCUCGCUGAUGGCCAUUUCCAGCCUGUGCAACAAGGCGGCCGGCGCCUCGGUGCCGGAUCAGCCAGCUGUGGUCCCCUUCUUGCAGGAGUGCCUGCGCACCUGCCUCGAGAGCAUUCUGCACAGCGGCCUGCUGGCCGCCGGGCUACCGGACAACUGGCUGAUGCAGGACAGCCGCCGACCGGACCUGGCCACCGCGAUGCGCCUUCACCGGGCGGCUGUGGACCUGGUGGUGUUUGCUUUGCAGGGCUUGGCAGCGGCGGCCCAGGCCCCGGUUGCCCUGCUGGCGCGCCUCUGUCGGACGAUCACCUCCGGUGAUAGCGAGCACCUCCUGCGCGAGGUGGCCGACGGCGAGAUGGCGGAGAAUCGUGUAUGUGGGCCGCUCUCCUCGGCGCAGCAUGGUCUCGGCGUGUAUGCGGCUCUGCGCAUUGGGCUGCUGUUCUCGGCUGGCGCGGCGCCCCCUCUGCCGGCGGCUGGCACCACGGCCGGGCCCGUGGCCGCAUCGCCCUCCUUUGUGGUCAAGCCUCUCUUCCGGCAGCGCCUCUACUUCGCCCUGCGGGGGUCGCUCUUCGCCGAUGAGCAUCUCUUUGCGCUGUUUGCCCUGCCGAGCAUGCGCCCCGUGCCGGACGCUCCAGACCAGCAGCGCCUGUUUGCGCCGGCGGAGCAGCGCCGAUUCGUGGCGCUCUUCUGCAUGCUCGCCACGCUGGCGCCGGCCAUCAGCGAAGACUUGACCGGGCCAGCCCCGCGUACCGAUGGGGACGACGGUGCCGCCCCGGGCGGAGAUGACCCUUCUUCCGGUUCGGGGCCCGCCGCCCCCUCGCUUUUGUCGCAGAUUCGCCUGGCAUUGCUGGCCUCCUUCUUGAUGCUGCCGCGCGAGGUGGUUGACGAGCGCCUGUACACGGUGGUCACGGCGUCGGUGGCCUCGGCCAUCUUGUCGCCGACGGCCGGGCUGGCGGAGUUCUCGGUGGGCGCGCGUGCCGGGCCGGGCGCCUGCCAGGGCGACUGCUCGCCCGUGCUGACCGGCGAUGGGGGCCCUCCUGGCGGUGCUGCAUCGUCGUCGCGGCAUCACCACCCCCUGGGCGCGGCGUCGGUUUCCUCCCUGUGUCCCUGCCUGGCUGGCGGACGUGAGGGGGCUCUGGCCGAUGCGCCCGGGUCGUCGUCAGUGCUGUGCACCAACCUUCUCCGGCGCUUCGGGCAGCACGGGGCCGAGCGUUUCGCCCGGGCCUUCGAGGGGGUCAUGCUCAGCCUGCAGAUCCCCCGGGCCAACCCCGGUCUGGCGGUCAUCUUGCUGGCCGCGCUGCAUGCCAUCCAGCAGGGCCGGUCACUGCCUCUUCGCCUGACCGCCAUGGCGGUCCUGCGGUAUGCGGCGCACCGCGCUCGCGGUGUGACCCCCCUCACGGGCCCGGCCGGCGGUCCACCCGAUCCGGUCGGUGCCAGCUUGGCCAUCUGGCGGCCAUGCCUGCUGCGCAUGCUCGGCGGCUGUGGGCCGCUUAUUCGGUGGUACUUCGCCGAGGCGUCGUAUCCCCUGCGCGGGGCGGCCGGGCUUCAGGUUAGCAGCACCCCCGAUGGCGACGCCAUGGACGAAGACCGCGAGCUGCUGCUGCUGGAGGGCGGCGAUGGGGCUCCCCAGCGGUUCUCCCAAGUCCAGGGGCCUGGCUUUGGAGUGGACGACCCGGCGCGAGCGGUCCGGCGGGUGGCGGUCGCCGCACGCGAGGCGUGGCACCGCGCCCCUGGGGACCUGUAA